CUGUAACCAAACAGCGUCCUUCCCCUAAUUUUUCUUAUCGCUAUCGGGUAGAAGACAAAAGGAAAACCCUAAGAACUAGAUCAUGUCUGGAAUGUACGGUCAAGAAGGCGAUUCUGCUCCUCCAUCUUACGGUGGAGGUGGCCCUGGCGGAUAUGGAGGUGGCUAUGGUGGCAGCGGUGGAGGAGGAGGAUAUGGAGGAGGAGCAAGUGCUGGAGGCUAUGGAGGUGAUGGUGGAUAUGGCGGUGGUGGAGGCGGCCGUGGAGGUUAUAGUGGUCGAGGUGGUGGCGGAGGUGGUAGAGGAUAUGGUGGUAAUUCGCAAAAUCGUGGAGGUGGUGGAGGAUAUCAAGGAGGAGAUCGUGGAGGAAGAGGCGGCGGCGGUGGUGGCCGAGGAGGUGGCCGAGGUGGAAGUGGAAGAGACGGUGAUUGGCUAUGCCCUAACUCGAGCUGUGGAAAUUUGAACUUCGCUAGAAGAUCUGAAUGUAACAAAUGUGGCACUCCUUCUCCUGCUGGUUCUAACAAUGAUCGCAGUGGCGGAGGUUAUAACAAAGGAGGAAGUGGUGGAGGAUACGGUGGUAACAGAGGAGGUAGAGGUGGUAACUAUGAUGGAAAUAGAAGUAGCAAUUACAAUGAAGGGGGCCGAGGAGGUAGUUAUGAUAAUAGGAGUGGAGGUGGCAAUAGAGGGGGCUCCUAUGGUGGUAAUUCUGGAAGAGACAAUGGUGGCUAUAACCAGAUGCCUCCUGCAGUACCGUCGUAUGGUAGUGCUGGAGGUGGAGCUAAUUAUCCACCACCUCCUAACUCAUAUGGGGGGAACACUAAUUAUGGAAUGGAUGCAGUUCCUCCUCCUACAAGUUAUACAGGUGGACCUACAGCUUAUCCUCCAUCUUAUGGUGGUCCUGCUGGUGGUUACAGUGGUGGUGAUGUUACAACUGAUGUUAGAAGUGGUGGGCGAGGUGGCCAACACGGGGGAUAUGGUGCUGGCGGUGGUCCUCGUUAUGAAGGAGGUGGUGGACAAAGUGGUGCUCAUGCUUCUGAUGCCGCAGCUAAAAUUAAGCAGUGUGAUGGAAAUUGUGAUGAGACAUGUGACAACUCGAGAAUAUACAUAUCAAAUUUGCCACCUGACGUGACUACUGAUGAACUGAGAGACCUUUUUAGUGGCAUUGGACAAGUUGGAAGGAUUAAGCAGAAGCGUGGUUUUAAAGACCAAUGGCCUUGGAAUAUAAAAUUGUACACAGAUGAGAAUGGAAACAACAAAGGCGAUGGAGUAUUGUCUUAUGAAGAUCCAAGUGCUGCACAUGCUGCUGGCGGUUUCUUUAACAAUCAUGAUAUAAGGGGUUAUAAAAUCAGUGUUGCCAUGGCAGAGAAAUCAGCACCAAGGCAGCCACCUUCCUAUGACCACAGCAGAGGGGGCGGUAGAGGUGGCUAUGGUGGAGGUGAUCGGCGCAGAGAUACUUAUAGAGAUGGAGGCUCUGGUCCAGAUAGGCACUACCAUGGUGGAAACCGAUCACGUCCAUACUGAGAAUUUCAGCUCUGAGCUUUUUAUGUACUAAGAAUUGUGAUCUGAGGGAUUUAAUUAUAUUUCCUUGGGGGGUUCUUAAACUGGAGACUAAGAGGUAGGUGUUCAUUACACUGAGCAAUACCCCUUUUUCUCCUUUUUCUGUUUACUCGCUCAUGGAGGGGUUUCUAUUUUAGGCAUGGGAUUGAUAUUAAUUGUGUGAAUGUUUUUAUAGUGGCUAGUGGAUUAACUCCAAAUUGCUUGCUGCUAUGGUAGGUUGAUAUUUUCAGGUGAGUGAAGCUCUUUCAAAAUCCCACUUUAUCCUUGUUUGGAAUGUAGAAUAGGGGAUUAUGUUGAGUUUAUUUUGCAUGCCUCAUUCGAUGUGGCGAUAGCGCUUGUAUUUUUUGCAUGCAUUAUCUUUGCUAGGCGAUUAGGCGAUUAAGCUUUGUACUGACCCAAAAAACGCACCCUGGGCUAUUUCUAGCAUAAAUUAUUUAUUUGUAGGGAGAUGGCAAUGCAAAUCAUUUUUGUUUCAUUAACAUUUUGUCCUAUCUCGAGCUUCUUGUUGACAUUGUUUCCUGUGAUGCAUGCUAUAGAAUGUGAAUCAUGCUUUUGAUAUUGUUGUGGAAGGGGUUCAAUCUUGCUCAAGUCUUGUGAUGAUCAAAUACUAUUUUUUUUUUUGUUUUUGUUUUAAUUGUGAUAAAUGUCAAUGAUAAUUUUGUUUUAUUCGUAACUAGAAUUUUAAUUUCUUAAGAUAACCUUGGAAAGCUGAAGUUUUAAUUUUAUUAUUUUUUUUGAAAUAGGCAAAAUUCCUCAAGUAAAUGAAAUCCCAAGUCAUUUCCAUUUUUUCUUUAUUAUAAUAACAGUUUCUGGUCUUUUUUUUCUCUAGUUCUUUGACUUGCUCAUUUACAUGAAUGAACAUGAAUUAUACAUCUGUAAUUGGCAUACUUCAGUUCCCUUUCUAAUUGUCUAUUGUUUUUGCCUUGUUUGGGUGUCUAAAAGUUUGAAUUUCUUAUUCAGUUAAACUAAUUAAUUUUAGUAAUGUAUGUAACUCUGAAAUUGGUUGUAAAAGACUGGAAUUGCUUGGUAAGUUUUACUGUUUUUCGAUCAUCAUCGUAAAGAUGUAUAUUUUGGAGCUAUCAUUCUAUGUAAAAGAUGAAUGGUUGUGCCGAUCUGGUGCUGAAUGGGUAAUGGGAUCCUCAUCUGUGGCUUGGCUUCGAACUUUUAACCACUAAUAAUCUGCGAGGCAAUGAAGUCCUUGUGCUGAUUGUGGAUUGCUGCCUGCUGGUUCUUAUCUGUCGAGAGCUUUUGUUCCAGCGACUGGAUUCACUGAUUCUUAAUUCUAAUUUGCAAAUUUUGCUCCCGCAAUGCGUUAGCCCUAGUUAUUACGACUUUUCACAUUUGAUAAAUUUGGUGAUUACAGAUUUAACGAUUAACGGUCAUUAGGGUUGCAAAGUAUUGGACGUGCAAUUUCGGCUUUUUUUUUUUUUUUUGGUUAAAAUGGAACUAGUCUUGAACUUGAGUUUGGGCUGGGCUAAGCUUUGCAUGUCUGUUAAAUAUGCUAGAUUGGGUCAGACCUGUUUGGAAAGCUCCAUAGGGCAAACAAGUCGAUUAAGUGUUUCUUAAAAUGUGAUAUUGUAUAUUUUUCAAAUUUUAUUCUGAAUUUUGGAUUUGUAA